UCCUAUGUCCUCAUCGAAUUUCCCACCCGAAGUCCUAUCAAUGGUCAUAUACAUGUAUAGCUAGUUCCAUAUAUAUGCAAUUGCAUUGUCAACCAUCCUAACUGAUCGGGUACCAAAAGCCUAGUCAUCAAGGUAUGGGAAGGCUAGAGCCAACAGAACCAUCCACCUUCCCCAACCACCAACAGGACAUGUCAUCCCGCGCUCCACCGCUGCCGCUUCUUGUCGCCCCAAACCACAAGAAUGACCCUACCUCUCCGGUCACCACUUCUCCUCCAUCGACUCAUCAACAUGAUCGAAGUAUCCAUGAUGACCGACCUCAAGGUGCAUCACCACCACCAGGUCCACCAUCUCCUCAUCAACCCAGUCUAAAUACAACCGUCACCAUUCAUGAUGAUCAACCUGAAAGUUCUUCACCACCAUCUCCAAAGCCAACAUCCCCGCCACCCCAGCACGACGGAAUAGAUCAGUCUACUCAAACUGUGCCUUCCCAUCCACUUGUGCUGCCAGAAACCACCCGGCUUGGCCCGUUGCCUGACAACCAGAUCGUGCUUUAUUCCCCAUCGCUGCCACCUGAGCCCAGACAGCAACAAGUUAAAGGUCAUCGUGAUGAAAUCAACAUAGAGUCGAUGCCAGCUGUCCAAUUCCCACUCCGUGGUCCUGCGCCACACGAGCUGCCAGUGAACAACCAGAUGGUGCCGGCGGAUCAGCCACCACCACAAGCCAACCCGCAGAUGGUAGCGGUGCCGCAGGUUCUGCCUAAUGGAACAGUAAAGCAUCAACAGCCACAAAAGGGGCAGCCGCAGGUGAUCAUCGUGCCAUUUGUUGGGGUUCCAUGGACCAGUGGCCUUUUUGAUUGCUGUCAGCAUCCUAGAAAUGCAAUAAUAACGACGGUAGCACCUUGUGUGACAUUUGGCCAGAUUGCUGAAAUUUUGGACAACGGUAGCACAAGUUGCUUGACGGGGGCACUGCUCUAUUUCUUCCUAUUCUUGGUGUUAUGCCACUGGAAUGUCGGGGUAAGGUAUCGAAGAAGGAUGCGGGGGGCGUUUCAGCUAGCUGAAACGCCUGUCACGGACAAAAUCGCGCAUACGCUCUUCCCGCUCUGUGCACUUUGCCAGGAGUUCCGGGAGCUUAAUGAUCGUGGCUACGAUCCCUUCCUUGGUUACCAAGGAGUGAUUGCUGGAAUUGUUCACGACCAGAAGCAGCAAUUAACCAUGAAUGCUCCCCCAAAUCAAUCUAUGAAUAGAUAAAAUUAGAAGUAUUCUAGUUUCUUUUUUUUUUUUGGAUGAAUUCAAUAAUAAGAGUUCGGUAGUAACUUUUUGUUCCAUAAUAUAUGUAUUCGUCGAUAAUGAAUGGUCUUCUUAAGUAACUGAUGACUUUUUUUUUUCUUAUGAGAUAUAUGGG